GAGCGGUUGUGUAGCAAUCGAGUGUGUCCCGGCGCGAAUAACUAAACUAGAAACUCUCGAGUGAUUCACGUUCGCAACAGUUUGUUGCACUGACAAAAACAUGUUGAAAGAUAAAUGUGAAUUAUAAGUGUUACGGUUGCAAUGUGAACUAAAAGCGCUUGAGUUUAAAUCAAAAAUAAUAAUACGCGAAAUCCCUGAGAACAUAAACAAUUUAUGAAAAUGUUCUUCAAUUGCUGGCAUAAUUAAUAAUUACAGCUGUGAACAACGCCAAUUGACUAAACAUGUGAACUGUGCUCCUGUUUUAAAUAAAAUCGAAUAACACGAACAACUACGAAAUGUUCAUCAAAUACAUCAACAGACGUGCAUCGGCCAAUGCCUGGGCAUAUUCAAUACACACUUUGGUGAUUCUCUUGCUCUUGUGUCAGAUAUGCGAUACGCAGAGAGUCGAUGUGCCGGCCGAAGUAAUUGUCGAUCCCAAAUUCAGCUAUCCCAUUGCGAAUGUGACAGCGCCGGUGGGACGUGACGCCUUCCUCACGUGCGUCGUGCAGGACCUGGGACCGUAUAAGGUGGCGUGGCUGCGUGUCGAUACGCAAACGAUUUUGACGAUACAGAAUCAUGUAAUAACCAAAAAUCAACGGAUUGGCAUUGCCAACUCGGAGCACAAGACUUGGACGAUGCGCAUCAGGGAUAUCAAGGAGUCCGACAGGGGCUGGUAUAUGUGCCAAAUAAAUACGGAUCCGAUGAAAAGCCAAAUGGGCUACCUGGACGUUGUUGUACCGCCGGAUAUCCUAGAUUAUCCUACAAGCACGGACAUGGUCGUACGGGAGGGCAGCAACGUGACGCUCAAAUGCGCUGCUACCGGUUCACCAGAGCCGACAAUUACAUGGCGACGUGAAAGUGGAGUGCCCAUUGAGUUGGCCAACGGCGAGGAGGUGGCCAGCAUUGAGGGCACUGAUCUGAUCAUACCUCAAGUGAAGCGUCAGCAUAUGGGCGCCUAUCUGUGCAUUGCAUCGAAUGGAGUGCCGCCCUCAGUGAGCAAGAGGAUAACUCUCGUUGUGCAUUUUCCUCCCAUGAUCACUGUGCAGAAUCAAUUGAUUGGCGCCGUGGAGGGCAAGGGCGUUACACUGGAAUGCCAGUCGGAGGCCUAUCCCAAGUCAAUCAACUACUGGACACGGGAACGCGGAGAAAUUGUGCCACCAGGCGGCAAAUAUUCGGCAAAUGUGACAGAAAUCGCCGCCUAUCGCAGCUCCAUGAAACUGCACAUCAAUCCCCUCUCACAGGCCGAGUUCGGAGCGUAUCGCUGCGUGGCCAAGAACUCGCUGGGCGACACAGAUGGCACCAUCAAGCUGUACAGAAUUCCACCAAACGCCGUCAACUAUGUGGAGAACUUUGAGGCGAGACACAAAGGAAAAAAGCGCACGAAAAGCUCCGAAAUGUAUCAUUCGUCCAGGGCGCAGGAGCACAGCGGCGAGGACUCUGAGAAUCCCGGUAAGCGAAAAGCCGAUUUGAGUCUCAGUGCCGAGGGUAUUGACAACAUGUAUGGAGCAUCGGCAGCUGUGUCCCAACACCCCAGACACACUGGACGGACGCUGAGCUGGCUGUGCCCCGCGCUGCUCUUGCUGCUGCGCUUGAUGUGGCGGCAAGCGCUGACAUUGACGAGGCAACUGCGAAAAACUCAACUGGCAUUGUUGCCACAAACACUGACACAUGUUUGACACCGACGCGAAUCGCUAACAGAGAUUAGGCAGCAGCAGCAGCAGUCGAAGCAGGAUGAGCCGGAGCUGAAGCUGAAGCUGGAACUGGAUUUGGAGCUGCGAUGAUGCGAUGCUUGGCUUGAUUGAGUUUGUCAAUUGGCCAAAAGCUGAUGCCCUGAUUUAUGGCGCGUGGCUUGGUUAAAGUUAAAGUUGAUAUACACAUAUAUCAAUAAAAAAAUAUACAUAUAAGAGUUGUAGCUAAUAUAAACAUAUAUAUAUAUUAAGUCAACCAGGCUUCCUAACUCCCCAUACGCGUGCAUGUUUAAGCUGUUGAAUCUUAGCUUAAGUUUAGCCUAAACUGAGCAGAAUGUAAUAUACACGAAAUAAAUAAUCUAUACAUAAUAUAUAAACUUAAUAUAGAAUAUGGCACAUGUACAUAAACGUACAGCAAAAGCGAUUGUCGAGUUAAGAGUUCGUUUGUAUUGUAAAUUCAUAAAGAGACUGUAUGUGUGCAAAGUAACAUUAAAAUGCGGCUAAACUGAAUGCAAAACCCAAAGUAUUCAAAUCAACUAACCUCUAGGGCAACCCUCGGAGCGGGCUGAGCAGAAUAUCACAUGCAAUUCAAUACAAAUACAAAUAAUCAAGCUAAAAUAGCAACAAGUUGUCAUG